CAUACUCUGAAGGUAAGGAAUCCCACUCAGCCCUUCCUUCAAUGUGUCCUCAAGUCGUAAGCAUACUCUGAAGGUAAGGAAUCCCACUCAGCCCUUCCUUCAAUGUGUCCUCAAGCCGUAAGCAUACUCUGAAGGUAAGGAAUCCCACUCAGCCCUUCCUUCAAUGUGUCCUCAAGCCGUAAGCAUACUCUGAAGGUAAGGAAUCCCACUCAGCCCUUCCUUCAAUGUGUCCUCAAGCCGUAAGCAUACUCUGAAGGUAAGGAAUCCCACUCAGCCCUUCCUUCAAUGUGUCCUCAAGCCGUAAGCAUACUCUGAAGGUAAGGAAUCCCACUCAGCCCUUCCUUCAAUGUGUCCUCAAGCCGUAAGCAUACUCUGAAGGUAAGGAAUCCCACUCAGCCCUUACUUCAAUGUGUCCUCAAGCCGUAAGCAUACUCUGAAGGUAAGGAAUCCCACUCAGCCCUUCCUUCAAUGUGUCCUCAAGCCGUAAGCAUACUCUGAAGAGUUGUAUGCUGGCAGUUGCUAAGGAUUUGCUCGAAGCUGAAGCAUUAGAGAAAGUUAAAGAGCGGGAGAGAUACAUGGAAGAGAACUGCCCCCCUCUGGAGAUGUCCCACUCCAAGGAUGAUUUGGUGGACCUUUGCACAAAGAUGUACGACAAAAUUAAUGUGAUUGAUGAGGAGAGAUACAACUUAGAAUACAAAGCAGUCAUGGUUUGCAAUGAGGUUAUAGACCUAAACAUAAAAAUCGUUGACAUGAGGGGCAAGUUCAAGAAGCCAGCCCUGAAGAAAGUGCGUAUGUCUGCUGAUGCUAUGCUCCAGGCUCUGCUGGGCUCCAAGCACAAGGUGACCAUGGAUCUGAGAUCCAACCUGAAACAAGUGAAGAAGGACGAGAAGAAAGAGGAUAAGGAUUUGCGUGACGUUGGUGACUGGCGUAAGAACAUUGACGACAAGGCAGGCAUGGACGGCAGGAAGAAGAUGUUUCAGGGAGAUUCUUAGAUCAUUGGGAUGUGUUUGUGUGAUGUGGCUGACUACUGUCCUGUAAUGUCUAGCUGUCAACCACAUACUGAUAUGCAUUACAACUAAUAUCAUAACUAUGUAAUACAUCUUUGUUUCUUUUGAAGACAGAAAGAGACAGAAGGAAACAGAAACAAGAUGUGUGUAAUUGUUUGACAGUUGGUUUACUGUAGUAGAGGUAAAAGUGGACAACUUUUCUAAUAAAUGGCCUUUAAAGGAAA